AUGUCAACGCAAAACAUCCAGACAAAAGACUAUGAAUACCACCCUCUCCCCUCAGCACAAACACACAUCCGCCUCCUCUCCCUCCUCCCACGCUCAAACACAGAGCCAAUACCGCUCACUCUCAAAACCGUCGUCCCCCUGAACGAAGCAACCAAUUCCUACGACGCCAUCUCAUACACCUGGGACUCCUUCCUCCCCGUCCACGAAGUCUCCCUCGACGGGCGCCGUCUCUGGCUCCGCGAGAACAUCUGGCGAUUCCUACUCCAUUGCUCCUCCACGAGAUUGGCGCAUGAAGGCGAUAUUCGCGCAGGCGAUGCGGGUGGUGGUGUGGUUGGGGACGGCGAGUCGGAUGUGUUUGUGGGCGGAGCGUGCGGCGUGGAGGUGGGAUCGGAUGGCGGAUUUUUUGAGGGAGAGUGGGCUACGACGGGUUAUGACCAGUCCGUACUGGACCCGGCUCUGGAUCGUGCAGGAGCUGGCUGUGCGGUGUUUGUGUCCGGGACGGAGCUUUGUGAUAUCAAUGCUUUCUUUAGACUUGGUACGCUUCCGGGGCAGUUCUUCCAGGUCGGCGACCACGAGAAUACUGAGUGGAAGGCAGCCGCGAAGCAAAUUGAUCGACUUUUCGAACGGCAUCUUGCCCGGGAGACGCAGUCGCCGUUUCAGGGGCUGGCUUCGCUGGUGGAGGAGUUCGCUGCGCAGCAAUGUUGCGAUCCGCACGAUCAUGUUUACGGGCUUCUUGGACUCUUGGAGGGAGGACAGGAGCUUGUGAUCGACUACAAAAGCGAUAUGGAAGUUCUCUUCUGGCAAGUCUUGACGGCCACCCAUCAGCAGAUGAGCGCCAUGUCCCCGGGAGCGCGGAGGGAUUCCUGGUACUACUACGGCGACCUCUCCAUCCUCCUCUCCGCAGACUUGACCUUUGCUCAACUCGCCUACGUCUCGGACCCCUUGAAUGUAGCUUACGCCGGUGAUAUCUUCGCCCCUCCUGUCGAGACGAGGCAAUUCGCCAUGACGGAGAGAGCAGAGUAUGACCCACGAGAGGCUUCUGGCGAUGGCCAAAGCUGGGGAGUCGCUGUCUCUGGGGUUUUCGUUAGGGAGUUUGGUGGAGCUGUCGAGGUUAAGUGCUAUUGGGGAUGA